AUGCCUCUAACGAAUUCUAAGCAAGAAGGUGCAAAAAAGAAUUAUAGUCCAAAUGUCAAAGCAAAGUUAUAUUCACACCUUUUGCUGAAUGAUGAUGAUAAAAUUACACUUACUAGUUUAUUGGAUAAUAAAGCACCUGGAGUGAUCAAAAUUCAAUGGGAUUUAUCAAAUAAGAAUAACAUCAGAGAAUGCAACCAAUUUCUUUAUAAACAUAGACUUGAUCUUGAUUUUGAUGAUAUGAAAUAUAAAUAUAAAAUUUAUAACCAAAAUUCAAAAGAUACCAUAAUCACUUUUAGUCCACUUGUUGCAAUGACUGAUACUGAUGUAAAGAAAUGGAAAUCACUGUUGAUAAAAAAUGAAAUUAAUAAACAACUAGGUCGAGAUGGUGACAGUAAUAUAAUAUUACAAUGGCAGACUCUAAAAGCAUAUCUAAAAAGUUUAUUGAAAAAAGUUUGGUCAAUGAAUGGUGAUGAAGAAAUAGUGUAUAACUAUAUUAAAGAAAAAAAACUCAUUAGAAAAUCUUAUGAAAAACACUCUAGAAAACUCAAAAAAUGUUUUAAAACUGCAAAUAUCCUUGGAAUUCCUCUUAAAAAGCUUCCUACAACAAACAACCAUCUUGAGAGAAUGAAUGCAUAUUUAAAGAAUAGUUAA